AUCUCCAUGUCAGAUAUGAAGUAUGAGGCCAUCACCAAAAGCGGGAUCAGCAUCGAUGAGCGCGUCCCCAUCCCUCCAGGGCUCGUGCCGAAGGAUGCUAGCGUGGAGAUCGCCGCCAAGGUGUUUGCAGGCUACGAUGGCGGAAGCGCCUACACGGUGCCCACUAAGGAAGACCUUUCGAAAGUCAAGGGCAGGGCCUUCAUCUCUUAGCUGGCGCACUCAUUUCAAUCUAGGCAUGGGCGCAUGCACCUUCCCCGAGACGGGGCUUGAAGCGUCGGAGCUGCAUAUAUUUAGAAAGCCAUUCAUCGCACGAUGUUGUUUGUGCACUGCUCGUGUGAAGGGCUGGUGGAGUUGGAAGGAGCACUAAAAAGGCACGAUUUGGGUACAACGCUGUAUAUCUUGAAACCAUCUUUCGAGUGCGAUAUUUCAUAGGACCUUAUGUGUUAGAUAGUCAUGGAAAAGAGAAUUUGGAAGUUUUUCUUCGUUCGAAUGACUGCUUAGCCAACACGUUUGUGCAAUGCGGGAGAGAAUAGAAAGCAGCUAUGAUGCAUUUGGUAAAAGCACACAAAAGGACAAGUUGAAGGAAAGAGAACAGUACGGAACAUGAGCUCUGAUUAUUCGAUGUAAUGUAAUCAUCGCG